UCUCGUGGAGGGGGUGUUGUUUACGGAAUUGAGAGGACGAAAAGCGAAUGUCCGGCACUUUAACCGGGUUGGUGGACACGGAGAGUUCAACUAGAGGAUUUGGAAAACACUGAUUCCAAACUAAUAGUGUACAUGGGUUCCAGUGUCCUGAAAGAACAAAUGGCGUAUGGACCAAUCGUUGGUCACCGGCUACCAUGGGACUGCAUCUCCUCACGAUGCCUCACUGCCUUGUGGAUCAGACCUUCAGGUCGAAGGCUCUUGAGAGAACCACCUGCUUCGGUUUGGGCACCCUGGUAGUAUCACAGCCCUCACACAAAUCAAAUGAGAUUUUUGUGGCGCAUAUGUAUUUGGUGCCUCCUUGGACCAAUAUUUAUGUCUUCAAAUAAAAUAAAUAAUAACAAAUACAGAAAAAUAAAAAAAGUAUGAAUAAUUUAUAUAACACACUUUAUUUAAGUGUAUUUUCAAUUACAAACUAAUUACCAGGUAAAUAUUAAUUAUUGAAUAAAAGAAAAUAUAUCACUUAAAGAGUACAAUAAUGAAAAACAUGCUUAAUGUUACGAUACAUCAUCAUCAUAAACAUGUAGAUUUUAUAAAAAUCAUCUUAUAUAUUUAUUGGAUAUGUUCAAGUUAUGUAAAUUGUAUGAGAUAUAAUACAGUUUAUCAAAAUGAUGAUUUAUCAUCUGUCUAUAAAAUGCCUAAGAAACAUUCAAUGAAAUUGAAAGUUUUCAUUGAAUGUCGUCGUGACUGUUCAACUAAAUGUAAUCAUAGUCUGUUUGUUUAUUUGGCUAAUGAAAAUGAAUGUUACACUUGUUUGAUUGAGUGUAUGUCUGCCUUUACACAACAAGCAGAGAAAGUUGGAAUUCAAUUAAAGGAUAUAAAGAAAUCAAACGAUGCUAAUUUAUUAUCUGAUAGUUUGUAUGCACCUGGAAAGAAAGUAAGACGUCGCCAUCUUCGUCAAGACCAUAUCACACAAGAACAAUUUAGAAAAAGAUCAGAAUGAUAACUACAGAUUAGUAAAAUGAAUAUUCCUGAUGCCCAUCUAAGUUCUUAAAACUGAAAUAGUGACCAUAAUUUAUGACAUUGGAUGAAUAAACAUAAACCAACAAUAUAAUAUAACUCAUUAUUGUCGAACUUUGUAAUAGUAACAAUAAUAAUAUUAAUAAUAGUAAUAUGAUGUUCUUGUAAAAUUUUACAUCAUAUUUUUUAUUUCAUUUGUUCACUGUCAUCAUCAUUUUAGGGAACAUCUUUUUAUUUCAGUAAUCAUCAUUAACAGUCGUUCUUAAAAGCACUUUUCCCAUUUCUUGAUAUAUGUUCAAUUAAUACAAUUAUAAAUCAUCAACAAUGAA